CCGUCUGCUACGUUACCCCACGAGAACUGGGCGAGUUGUACGAUGGCAAUGAACUACGACGGCAUGAAUGGGUCAGAUAUGGACACUUCUGACUCAAGAAAACGGCCUUUGGAUGGCGAUGAAAACAAUGGGGUCACCAAGAGAUCAAACCAGGGUGGAGGCCCCUCCCAUACAAGCUAUACAUCAGGGACAGGAAAAGGAGAAAGUACCCAUCUUUCGGAACGACAAGCGGACUUGGAUUCCUCGCUUGCUCAAGAAAGUGAACUGUCUGGGGACAACAUUCACCUAAAAAUCCUUGUGCCCAGUAUUGCCGCCGGUGCCAUCAUUGGCAAGGGAGGGGAGACUAUUGCCCAGGUACAAAAAGAAGCUGGAGCCAGAGUGAAAAUGUCCAAAGCCAAUGAUUUUUACCCAGGCACCACAGAACGAGUCUGUCUGAUCAUGGGCCCUGCUGAGGCUGUCAGAAAAGUUCACAUUUUCAUCAUGGAGAAAAUUCGAGAAAAACCUGAUCCUAGUCCUAAACCUGAAGAUGCCAAAACUAAUUAUGAGAGGCAUCGACAGGUAAUUGAGAUAAAGGUUUUAGUACCUAACAGCACAGCAGGCAUGAUCAUUGGGAAAUCCGGCAACUAUAUAAAACAGAUCAAAGAAGAGAGUGGAGCUUAUGUACAAAUCUCACAGAAGUCUAAGGAAACUAAUCUACCUGAGAGAUGUGUGACAAUUGCAGGUGAGAUGGAAGCUAAUAAGAAGGCAAUAGACAUGAUCUUAAGUAAGAUCAUUGAAGACCCACAAAGUGGAAGCUGUCCAAAUAUCAGCUAUGCAGACUACACUGGACCUGUGGCAAGUGCUAAUCCCACAGGAUCCCCUUUCGCCAACACUGCAUUUACUCAGAAUCGCAACACAGAAAUGAUCAACAACAAUAGUUUCGCUGGUGGUGGAUUUGGUGGCUAUGGAGUCAAUGGAAAUGGGUUUAAUAUGGGGUUUGGCUUAAAUAUAGCCGCCAUGACAGGUGGUGGGCCAAUGACAAGUGCAGCAAUGGAGAAUCUAAAGAUGACCCUGCGCAGCUCUGGUUUUGCUGAACAAGCAACAGAAGAAAUUGCUGCUGCCAUGAAUACCCUAGCAUCCUAUGGUAUCCUUGGCAUGGGACUUGGUUUGGGUCAGGCACCAGCAGGCAUGUCUGGUAUGGGAAUGGGUUCUCCAGCAACUACUGGUCAGCAGUAUGGUUCAGCUGGGAUCCAAGGCAUGCAAGGCAUGCAAGGGAUGCCUUUAGGUACAGCCUCUACCCCCACAUCUUCGACUGUCUCCAGUGGUUUUCUCAACACUAGCAACAAUUCCACCUCUGCAGCGAGUCUCUUUGGGCCCGUAGGCUCCACAUCAUCUGGUCUUGGUAGCUCAGGUUCUACUGGAGCUUCUUCCAGUCUUUUUGGCAGCUCCUCACCUAGUAUAGCAGCUGGGGAGCGCUAUGGAGGUAGCCCUAUGCUCAGUGAUUCCUUCUCUGGUGCAGCUGCUAACUACUCCACUGCUGCCACUGGCUUUCCUACUGCUCCCGAUCGCUCUCCUGGCGUUCCUACGGUCAACAUGAACCAAAAUUCAUUUGGGCUGGGCACUGGUAUGUACAGUCCUACUGAAGACAAAGCUAAUGGCACCACGAAGCAGGACAUCGAGGUUGCAGAGAAUAUUGUAGGUGCCAUCCUUGGGCCAGGGGGCAAGGGUAUAGUGGAGAUCCAACAGUUCACGGGCACCAACAUCCAGAUAUCCAAGAAAGGUGUAUAUGCACCAGGCACUCGCAACCGGAUAGUGUCCAUCACAGGCACCCCCUCCAACAUCACACGCGCAAACUACAUGAUCCAACAGCGCAUCCAACAGGAGGAGUACAAGAGAGCUCGCCAAGCCUCAGGACGCUGAAUAAGCCAACAAGAAGUUACAACAUACAUCUCCCAAACACUGAUCAUAGAUAGCGUUCAUUGGACUCCAUACCUUUUUUAAAAAAAGUCUAGUUUUAUCCCUAAACUAUGAGGUGGCAUAAUGGCUGUACUGUGGUGAAGCUGCAUUCAAAGUGAUUAUUUCGUUUACUUUCUGUUUACUGGUUUUAUUAUCCUGUAUUGUUAGUGCAUUGCAUAUUCUUCUGAUCUGAGGAGAGCCCCUCGUGAACUGGACAUCGCUGCAUAUAGUUUAUGAAACAUGGCUUACUUUCCACUUUUGUAGAUAUGGAGUUCAGACUGGCAUCCUGAUCUCACUCCAUACAGAACCAAGUUAUUCUCCCAACAAAAGAAAACUGUGUGACUUUCUUAGCAAGUUUUUUUUCCCUUAAAGUAUGCUUUCAUCAGCUGAAAGCAUUGGUUCACUGUAGGAAAAAUUAAAGCAUCAAACAGAGUUAUUCACUAUACAGUGUGCUAUGGAGUUGUAUUUUAUCACUUGUCACAUUUUAUGAUAUGAAAAACAGACUGAUGCAAAUAUUGUGGUGAUGGCGGCUCAGGCAUGUGUAGGUACACCAUGUUUCGUGACGUUAUAUUAUUCUAUGGUGUUGCUUUCUUUUUUAUGGAGGUUCAAAGUGAUUACUGUUAAUGUAGCGUGUGUGUUUUCUUGUACAUUCUUGAAAAUUUGAAUGUACUCUUCACUUUCAGAACUUUAAUCCUCUAGAAAAAGGGUGUUACUUAGACAUACUUGAUAUCAUAUUAUCAUGCAAGAGAGGUUUUGUAUUAUAUACCAAUGUGUAAGUACCUGGAAUAUUUGUAUGUACAAAAGCUACUGUUUUAGUCCAACUGAUUGUUAUUAUUUAACUAAAGUUGUUAACCACGUUACUGUAUUGUAUUAAUCACUGUCACAGUGGUACAAAACGUGUAUGAUGGAGUCAUAUUUAUUUUGAACCAUUUGGAGACGGAGGUUAGGAGCAUACAAGUCAUCUUGUCGUAUUUUUUCUCCAUAGCAUGGUAUCAUUAUGUUUGACAAAGGAAUGAGCUGUGUGUUUUCUGAAUGAACGGGUACUUCCUUUAAUAUCCAUCUUGCCUUAAGAAGGAACCUUUACCCACUUCUUUCUCUUUCAUUGUAUCUUUUUUCUGUCGUGCAAUGCAUCAGGAAGGAACCUGAAUUUGUUGAUCCAUCUUUGCACAUCAGAAUUAAAAGCUCUUUUCCUAGUACUUCUUUCUUUGCAUGAACUCUCCUUUCUAAGAAACCAAAUGUUAUAACACUAUCUUCAUAUUUCAUUCAUAAGCUUGACAUUGUUCCUAGAUGACAUUGUUUAACAAGAUACCCAUGAGAUCUGGAUUUGUCACAGCCCGAUGUCUUUCCUUUGUUGAGGUGGUGGGGAUAUUUGCCAUUGGCCAUCACAUGAAUGUUUCUACCUGCCGGAUGAGGUACCAGCUAAGAUAACGCUCCUGCAUCUCAUGUUUUGUGAUGACAGCACAUGUAGUGUUACUUGCACAUCCUAGUAUUUUGUGGCAGUGCUUAGGUGUCAUGAAGCCAUGCUGACAUGAUCAUUGAAUGGAGCAGCCAUCUCAGUGUAUUCAUUUGCUUGGAGGAAAUUUAGUGCUGUCAAAGUUUGUUGUGCAUUGGUGAUCAUUAUUCCUUUCCAAAAGAACAACUGUAGCAGAUGGUUGGGACUUUUAUCCUCAUCAUAAGAGUAUGUGAAGGACUGAGAGAGUUAACGGUGUACAUUAUUUAUUGCAGGCAUUGUACAAAUUCUGGAUGGAGCAGAAAGUAUACCUUUCUUUUAUGCUGUUCUUAUUUAUUCAAGCAAUAUCAUCUGUAGUUAUCCCUUUUCUAGUUUUGUAUAUUUGGUUGAAAGCAGGUCACCUUGGAGGUGAAAUUUUGAGGCUGUUACAUUCUUCUUCACUCCCUCCCCCCCCCCGCCCCCACCUAUAUUAUUUUGACAUUGUUAACAUUUUUUUUCUUUGUUGUUCUACUGGGGGUCUUUUUAAUAGUAGAUGAAAUAAGUGAAAUACUUUUUCAUACUUAUCCCCUCUUUUCUCCCCCACCCAUCCCCAUGAUUAUAAACAAUAUUUAUUAUGAAAAAACAUUUUAUCAUGGUGAGCAGUGCAGAGCUCAUUUAAUAAACAUGAAGUUUUUCCGUUUCCAUUACUGUGAAUAUGAAGAAUAACUUUUAUGAGGUAUUCUGUGUGACAUUUUGUUUUCCAGUCAUCAAAGCUCAUGCAGCGUGUACCAUCAAACUGUACAGAUCCACAACACCAUCACAAACACCAUACAUUUCACCAUGCAUCUUGCUGGCCAGGGGCAGAUACCCUCAUUCACUUGUGAUAAUGUGCACGUCCAAGAAUCGUGGGUGCAUGUUAUGACUGUUCUGUGCCAACAGGUAGCCAGGUUGGCAGUGGAGUGGCAGGGGUGGGUUUUAUCUACAUCAGCAGCAGAUCACUACAGUGAAGUCUUGAUCUGCUCCUGACACUUUUUUUAACUUUUUUUUUUCUUUUUGUAAAUUACAUUAUGUAUACAUGUAUAAAUAUAUGAUAGGUUCAGAGUAAAAAAAAAAAACCUUUAUGUAGUCCUGUUGGUGAUGACUUCUUAACAGCGACAGCUUUGAUAUACAAGAGUACAUAAGAUGGAGAGUUGAUGGCAGUGCAUAGCUUGUUAAUCAGAAAUUCUGACCAGCCUUAUAAGGGUAGAGAAAAAUGGGACGUGAUUUAAGCAAUAAUGUUAUAUAAGUGUUAUCAACUGUAGUAGUAUUUACUUGGACUUGUUCGCUUAGUCUCGUGUGUGGGAUAGUGCUGAGCUGCUUGUUUCUUUUCUCAGAUGUUACACAUAUAUUUUUUUUCUUUUAUUACGAUUCUUGAAAAUUAAAAUGAGGCAUUUGCAUCUUGCCACAUUUCAAACAAUUGUAGUUGGUUGGGAUUUCUGACUAUAAGUAAAUUAUGAUGCCUGAUACUGAAUUUUUUUGGUAUCUUAAGGGCCAUAGCUAAAGAUUUUGAUGCCAACAACUGCAGUCAUUAAAUGAGUCUGAGCCACUUAAAGCUCUCUAUAUUAUGUACUCUGUCUCUGGUAGGUGAUUGACUUUCCCAAAGGAAGUACAAGAGUGUCACAUCCUGUUUGUAUCAUCUGUGCAGGGUAGUUGUGAGCUAGAACUGAAGCACAAGUUGCAUGGCUGUGGGGUUGGAUUGCUGUGGCAAGGAGGUGCCCUUCUGCUGUUCUUUCUUCCUCCCUGCUUGAAUAUCUAGAUAACAGUGAUGCUACGUGCAUGCUAUGCAUACCCCUUUUUUAAGUCAGCAUUGUCACGUUGUUAAUCUGUGGUUUUUGUUUGCCGAAUUAAUGAAAUUAUUUAUUUGAUUUUAGGAUGUUGUGAAAAAAGUUGUGAACUGCGUGCUUGUGUAGGUUAUGCCAAAUGUAGUAACAAGGUAUAUACAUUGGUAUAAGGCCACUGGUGUAUUUGAUGUGUGAUUGUUUCACAAGUGUCUAUUUUGACUGGGGCACCUCCUUUCCUUCAGCAAAGCAUGACGUUGACAAGUUUUUUAACAUCUGUGAAAGUAUGUUCAUGUUAAGCCAGUAAUUGCAGGAUUACCACAAGAUGAUUAUGCAGUUCCACAAUAAGUUUCAAUAAAACUGAACAAAGAUGUUGGUCAUUGACACUUUGUCGGA